CACGACCGAUCACGACCUAGCUGCGUAGUGGCACGGCAAAAAGGACUUGUCGUCCCCUUCGACUGUUCUUUCCUCACGGUCGUGUAUCUCGCGGUGUUUAUUGUUGUCUCUGCCCCGCAUCGAUCAAUCGAGAAUUGUGUGCAGUGGUCAUCAUGUUGCUAGUAAGUCUCGUUAUUUCGUAAGUACUUAGAUCUAUCAGUAUCUAUACCACUUCCUACAGUUGAAAACCCUCUGCGUCAGAACAUGGAGUCAAUUCGCGCGUUUGCGUCCUCUCUCGUUCCGGCCGACGGUGCGCGGUUGCUCCAGCAAUCCCCAGCCCCAGCGUCUGCUUCGUCUUCGGAUCAUGCGGGUGGAGGAAGCGCAUCCGCUAGUACCUUUUGGGCCUCAGUUUUCGCCCAUGCUAUGACGUGCAGCCGAACCCUCUGCGGUACCUGCUAUGGACAGGCCUUCGUUCCCUUUCUAGCCGCGGUUUCGGCCUACUGCUUCGGCCGCGUGCCGGAGGGCAUAAAGCGGUCCAGCUUCGACGCGAACACCCGACCGGUGAUGGAAGCGGGCGUGGCCUGUGUGUUGCUGCAAGAGGAGGAGGAAGACGGCGGGUUUUUCGCUACUCCAGCCUCUCCGAAGAAGCUUCCGAUCUGGCUGGCGCUGGACGAACGCUCAACGGGGCACCAGCUUCGACUAGACUCGCUCGAACGCAAAGGGGACCGACCGGUUUUUUCGCGCACGAUCGCACUACACUUGUGCACGCAGACCCGCGUGGUGGCGGGCCGCAACGUGUUAGAAAUAAAGGUGAAGGAGCAGGGCGGCGGGGAGAUAUCAGCGUGCUGCGGGGGCGGCGCGUUUGACGAAACUGAGGCGACAGGGCGAGGUCACGGAAUGGAACACCAGCCACCUUCGGGCGCUGCUAGUAGCGCCAGCUCUACUACUGCUCCAGCAUCGGAGGCUAGCACGGCCGCGAGCUCCUUUACAGCGCAAUUGCAGAAGGAUGCCAGCCAGAUGUUCUCCCGCGCGUCAUCGUUUGCGAAAUCCGUGCUGAAGGAAACCGCUCCACAAAGAAAAUCGCUGACCUCUUUCGUGUUUAAGAACCGAAAAGGAGGCUCUGCGGAGAGCAUCGAACUCACGUUCGAGACCUUGCGACUCAUCUUCGACAAACCGCAGGAGGCACAGAAAUGGGGUGCAAUGAUCGAGGAGGCAGCGGACGCUUUGUUUCAGCAUACUAGUGGUAAUGAUAGUACAACAACUGUCGGCGCAGCAAUCCGCGUUGACGUGCCACAGGAUCAAAAUAAGCUCCAGCAACAGCUACAGGAACGGCAGCGGGACCGCAACGUUCUGCGUGAGCAAGAGCUGGCGGAUCGGAAGGCGCGAAACGAGGAGCGGAAGCGGGUGUUGACCAACAACGGACGGCUGGGAAUGCAACACACCGCGCAGGCUAUGGCGCAGCGCGCAGUUUAGGAAAAGAGUUGUACGGAUCUGUAAUAUUCCGGUGAUGCAAUUUUUGUUGGUCGCUCGGCCUUUGUUUGUAGUUCACCUUGUGAAUCUGUUGCAGUACUAAAAGCGAGGCGUAGUUCGAACUGGACAAGUGGGGAUGAUGUACGAUGUAGCAGAACCGUUCU